UAUCAGACUGAGACCACUGACUUUUAUUCCAGGAAGCGAGCAAUUUAUACUUAAUAUGAUCUAUACACGCCACUAUUGUUUCAUUUAUUAUGAUGCACAGUUAAUCUGACAUGUGUUAUUGGCAACUCGUAUUAAAGCAACAGAGUUACAUUUAUUUAGUCGUUUAGUUUGCAUACAGCUCGAUUAGAUAAAUGGCUGGAGAUGUGCUGGAUGCAGUUUGGGAUCUGUCCGCAGUUUCCCCGGUGUCUGAACUUUCAUUCAGUUUGCAGAACCUCCAGUGUCAGGAUGGUGUGACUGCCAUGAACUCGACCCCCCGGAGGAAACUUGUUUUGACGCCUGAAUGGGUCACCCCGCCACUCAACAGACUCUCCAGAGAGAGAGAGACGCCAACAGUUUCUGCAGUCAGAAGGCAAGCAAGCAGAAGUCUGUCCCCUGAGUCCUCUUUAAACAAGAAGGUCCAGUCAAGGUGUCUUUGGAUGGACGAUCAGGAUUCUGCAGCCAACAAGGAGAAUGAGAGAGCUAUUAAGAGAUUGCGGGUGCAGUUGUCCAGCCGGUUCUCCAGUGCAGGUGAGAGUCCAGAACCAGCAGUGGGCAGAACCUGUAGACAGUACCGCAGUGAUCCAGGAGAUGCCGCCAGUUACUCGAGAGAGACAGAUGCGAUAGACACGAUGGCUGCCGUAAGGUUCAGGAGACUGAGGUCAUGCAGGAAAACCCCGCCCACUCAGGUGACUGAGGCCGCCGUCGCUGACAUCACCCUCAUAGGGGACUUCAGUAAGCAACAUCUGCUUCCUGUUGAGAAGGUCGGCCAUCAGGAGCUACACUGUGUCAGCGCACACACCGUGGCGUCUUUGAUCAGAGGUCAAUUCGGUCCUGCAGUGGAGGACUUCCUCAUCAUUGACUGUCGUUACCCGUAUGAAUAUCAAGGAGGACACAUUAAGGGGGCAGUGAAUCUGUACACUGAGUCUCAGAUCCAGCAGGCCGUCCACCAGGCCUCAGCUGGAAAUGAGUUUUCCCCCUGUACUACAGGAAACGUCUCCUCCUGGGGACUGCAGGGACUGUGGGCGGCUCAGCCAGCUGACUCACUGUUGGAGAAGAAAGUCACAAAAGACGAGGGGUCAUCGCCACGGAAACUGAUAGUGUUCCACUGCGAGUUCUCAUCCGAGAGAGGGCCACACCUGUGUCAGUAUCUAAGGAGGUUGGACAGAUGUUUAAAUGCUCAGGUGUAUCCAAACCUGCACUAUCCAGAGCUUUACCUGCUGCUGGGUGGUUACAAACACUUCCAUACCUGCUAUCCGGGCCUGUGUGAUCCCUGUGGUUAUGUUCCCAUGCGGCACCGUGAGUUCAGGGAGCAGCUUCACGGGUUCCGGAGAAAAAGACCCUCUCGGCAGCGAAGGCGACGCCCAAUCAGAACUAAAGUAGACUGUGUAGUUCAUUGGCAAUGGGAUUGCACAUACUUUUGAGUAUGUAUAUUUGAGUAUGUAUAUAUUUGUUGGUAUAGUGUAUUAUUAAAAAAGACUGUGUCCCCAAGGUUUGGCAUCAGCCCUGUUGCCAUCCACCUUUAAAAGUAACAGAUUAUUCCAUAAUGACAUUAUGUUGUUUGUCUGAAGGGGAGAAUCUCAAAAUGUCAACCCCAUUGUCAUGAUUUUGUCUAAUAAACAAUUGAUAAUUCAAAAGUGGAUAUCUGUUGAAACAUGAGUAUUCAAUUCUCUUC